ACUCGCAUGCAUGAAUCAUCUGUACAAACUGAUCAGCAACUUGUACGGACAGCUGCUGUUGGACCAUCCUCAAGAACAUGCUUCUUUAUGGGCUACAGCAGUAUAACAGGCAACGCAGGUGCACUUCGUAGUUUGUGUCGUGUGGAAGAAAAUGUUUUUGCAUUAUUGCUCAGCAUGCUUCCGACAGUUAGGGACAGAACCACAGACAUAACGAUUGAGAAUAAGUUGCUGAUGUUUCUCAUGAAGAUGAAACUUGGUAUUUCAUUCAGUGCUCUAUCUGUCAUUUUUGGUACACAUACGAGCACUGCAAGUCGCGCAUUUUUUUCUGUUUUGUACACCUUGGCUGAAGCAACCGGAGAUUGGAUCUAUAAGCCACCCAUUGACGACAUAAAGAUUGCACAGCCAGCUUGCUUCAGGAAAAAUUAUCCUGAAUGCACAUUAAUAAUUGAUUGCACCGAGAUGAAGACUGAGGCACCUUCUGAGGUUAGGCAGCAGCAUAUGCUUUUUUCUCAAUACAAAGGGUGCUACACGCUUAAAUUUUUGGUAGGUAUCAUACCUAAUGGCAUGGUUGUGUUUGCAUCAAAGCCGUACAGUGGACGCUGUUCCGACACUCGUAUCACAUUGGAGUCUGGCUUCUUAAACAUUGUUGAGGAAGGCAACAUGAUUUUGGUGGACAAACGAUUUCCUGGCAUACGCAUACAUCUUGCCAGCAAAGGAGUUGUUAUGAUCAUGCCUCCUUUCUCAGUUGGAGGCAAUGUUCCAUUCACUCCUCAAGAAAUGGAGCAAACUUACACAAUUGCUUCUGUACGUAUCCAUGUAGAGAGAGCGAUUCGGAGAAUUAAGUUGUACAACAUACUAAAACAUGUACCCAUUAAGCUCAUUCCAUCAAUGAAGGAAAUUUUUCACAUGUACUGUGUCUUGGCGAACCUUCAACCCCCUAUAAUCAGUUCGUGA